AUGCCUACAGCCCGGCGUAGCGCUCUCCACCUCGCCGAUGGUGAAUGCCCUCCAUUCUCUUUCCGCGCGGAUUUCAGAGUUCCUCGUCUCAUUUGCCCACUCGGGGCACUCAUACCUCGCCCUCGUCUCUCGUACGCCUUCUCUCGUCGCUCUCAGCCUCGUUUCGACUCGCCAUUUCGACCCACCGUUGCCCCGUCUUUCGAUCUCGCCGCCAUCGCCAUUCUGAUCCCACGCUUAGCGCCCACCGUCGUCCCCCGUUUGCUGGUCGCGCGUGCCCACUGGUUAGAGCCGCACAACUGGGAACCUGUCCUCGCACCUCAGAGCCACUCAUUGCGGUGUUUUGGGUGUGUGAUAUUCAUUCAUUAUUCGCACGAUCACCCCACCGUAGGCACAUCAACAGUUCUUCGUCAACAUUCUUCCUUGCGGCGCUAUCUACCCAAGAGCUGUGCUAUCAAGCGCAAGACCGUUACCGGCCUUGAAUAUGAUGAUGGCGAGGCGUCUGAGGAAGGACUGUCGGCUUCCGGCGAUCGUCGAUUCAUGUUACUCCGUAACUCUUCUGAUACGUCGUUUGCUCAACGUGUCAUUGUCGAUCGCUUGAAUGUUGAAGGCAUCAGGAAGACAAUUCGCGAGGAAAACGGGUUGCUCGGGAUUCUAUCCAAGGCUGCCGAUCAAAAUCGGCGAGUGCCUCGUCCUUUGCUGGACGUUUACUGCUCGAUUAUUCAAAAGUUGGAUCGUCGGUCUUCCGACUUGAAGUCGAAGUUAAAGGCUAUCGUCCGUUUCCUUGAGAGAUCAUUCAGGUGGCGCAUAGUUGAUGUUUAUGAGAUAACGGGGUCUGCGAGGGAUCCCGCCCGCGGUGUCAAGGAGAAUAUGCAGGCGGAAGUCAACGGUAGCACUUAA